UGACGGAGCUCGUCGCGUCAUAUCGCGUUUAACCACUUAUUUCACUAACCUUUUACGUCUGCUCGCACGCCUUUCUCCGUCGGAUGAUUUAUGAAAGGAUUCAGCAGCGCGUCAACCUACGCGUGAGAGAGGAAUAAGCGCUUGCUGACAUACCGCAAUCUCAUGAAUGAUAACUGCAUCUUUCCAACUGGUGGAUCAUUACAAAGACCAGACCAGAUAAGAGCCAUUGACCCCUUUAAAUCAAUAUCUGGAGAGAGAGAGAGAGAGACAGAGAAACCAUCGUAGCACCAGAAACCAUCGUAGCACUCAGCAGAAUUUGACAUGCAAGCGGCGAAUGACGACUGGAUUUACUGUAUUUUUCAUCUCCACAAACCAUGAUCAGACCUUUACCAUUACAAUGUGGAUACCUGACAGAGUACAGUAUCACAUGACUGUAGAGUUUGAUUUUCUUCAAUUUUUUUGUAGCAAAGAGGGUGUUUGAGAAUAGAACGUAUGUGGUAUGUCACUGUGGAUCAUUUUCUAGAUUUUUAACCUGAUGAGAGUGACAGACGGGGCUUGUUCCAAACUCAAGAUGUCUUUGUUUUGGCAAAGGAAAAUGUUCACAUUGAUGGCACUCUUCUGUGCUGUUACCUUCUCCAUGUUUGUGUUCAGUUACACACUGAGAGAGCCUUCGCUGUACUUGUUAAAAUCUGCUCUUGGUCUCGGGGAGAGCACAUGUGCCUGCCAUCGCUGUAUAACACACCUGCAUGAUGAUGAUGAUGAUGAAGAUGACGGUUGGUUUAUGGAGCGAUUUAACCAGUCUUUCCAUCCGCUGAUGUCCAGGAAAAACAGUUUGCUUACAGACGACACUUACAGAUGGUGGCAGUGGCUCCAGGCAGAGAGGAACCCAUCCAAUCUGAGCGUAGUAUUGGACAGAUUAUUCCAGCUAAUCCCCAGUGAGGAAAACUAUGUUGAUUCUGGUCCCAAUCGCUGUCGAACCUGCUCUGUAGUCGGAAAUUCUGGGAAUCUACUGAAGUCCCAUUACGGAUCAUACAUCGACUCCAGUGAUUUUGUCAUACGAAUGAAUCAGGCUUCUACACAGGGUUUUGAAAAGGAUGUUGGCUAUAAGACCACUCAUCAUGUAAUGUAUCCAGAGAGCGCUGUUGAUUUAGACAACAACACCAGUCUGAUCCUCAUUCCCUUUAAAACUCUGGAUCUGGAGUGGAUGAUCAGUGCGUUAACCACAGGAAACAUCUCGCAGACAUAUAUACCAGUUAUUUCCCACAUCAAAGCCAACAAGGACAAGGUGUUAAUCUACAACCCCAGUUUCUUUAAGUAUGUCUAUGAUUCGUGGCUGGAGGGUCAUGGCAGAUAUCCGUCCACCGGCUUUCUCUCUCUGAUGUUUGCAGUUCAUGUCUGUGAUGAGGUGAAUGUGUUUGGGUUUGGUGCAGACCAGUAUGGAAACUGGCACCAUUACUGGGAGGAUAACAUGCUGGGAGGAGCGUUCCGGCACACAGGCGUCCACGAUGGAGACUAUGAAUACAACAUCACACUGCUGCUAGCAGACAAACACAAGAUCACACUCUACAGAGGAGUAUGAGGACAACACAAGGCCUUAACACAACACAGCCACUGCAAAACACAUGAAAGCUUCAUAAUUUUCAGUCUGUAGACCAAUUUCUAGAAAUAAAAUUGUUUGAAUAAUUAAUUCUACAUAAUAGUCACAUGAAAGGGCCUUUGUUUCACAGUAAAUUGUAAGAAAAGAAAAUGACCUCUAACAGGUGGAUUGUUGUUUGACUGUAUUGUACACAGGCACACCUGUUGACUUGUUGUGCAAAGGAUCAUUGUGCAUCAUGUGUGAGUGUGCUUUGAGACAGUAUGAGGCUGGACAAGUGAGUGAGAUUUAGUCCAUAUGCUGAAUAAAGUUCCACCUAAAUGACAACAUGGUAACACUGAAAAAUAUCUUUGUACAUUAUCCUUAAUGUCUGUAAUCAGGUUAAUUAUUUCCUACAUUUGUGUUUUGUCUCUUUCUUCCUAGAAUGCUUUUUUUCUGAAGCAUGUUAACAAGAUUUUCACAGACAGGAAAAGAUUCAUUAGAUUGCAUAAUGCAUUGCUUACAAGCUGAAGUUACUGAAGUGAAAGAGCAAGAUCGGAUGGACAUCUGAAUGUGCUUUUAUAACAGCAUUAAAGAUGCUCUUAAGACUUUAAUAUAGAUUCAAAUUAAUUGUCUUUAAAAAGAGUCCUUGGAAAUACACAGAUAGUGACAGAACUCUUUAAUACCAUAAAAUGAGAAUAUUUCAGUCUCAUGUGAUUCCAGAUUUCCAAAUAUUAAUGUAAUGAAUUGUAUAUUGGUAUGAACAUUUUGUGUAUUUUUGAACAAAACUAAGAAACUCUUUUUUACACUGUUCUCUGUAAAAGGAAAGUAUUUGCUCUGCUGAGAAAGGAAUAAUUGUUUAUUCUCUAAAGUAGAAAAUGUGCAACUUGCAAGUGGUUAAAUUUAAUGAGAUUAAUAAUGACUGGUGUGUAUACAGAAUAUAAUAGAGAGAAUGGCAGUUCUUGUCUCCAUGUGAAUGAGGCUCUUGAAUUCAUAAUUUGCCUUUCUUCCACAUGAUUCAGAGUUGUUCAUGACUGCAGAUUUUGAAAGGUUUGUCUUCACCAUUAUCUUCAAUUCAUCUAAGUGCCUUCAUUUCAGAGUUGCAUGUAAAACAAAUGUGCCUAAAAAUAUGUGUUUUACAUUAAAUAGAAUACAAAUAAUUAUGUUUGUUAAAACAUGUUAAUUUAUGUCUGUGUUUUGAAGGUAAUUUACAUUAAUUCAGUGAUAUUUUUUGACCAAAGUUUUUAUCUCUGUGACUGUAAAUAAUUAAAUAAAA